UUUAUUAGAAGAAAGUGGGUUAGAGAAACGGAUGUUUGAAAGCGUUGCCACUAGUUUUCAUCAUAAUUUCAAUAAGCAAGAUCAUUAUAGAGUUGGAUCAGCUUUGGUAUUAUUGCUACAAAAUGAAGAUCUCCUUCCUACCAAGGAGCAGAGGUUAAUUUCCGUUUUCCUUCUUUACGAGAUGUAUCGUACUGAGCCAAUACAAGCCAAUCCAUUUGCCUCUGUAUUCAUUCAUUUAUUGCACCCUCCUGAAGAUGUCAAAUCUAAAACCUCCGGAGAGUCUAGUAAGAAACCUUGGGCUCUGCCGAAGCUGGAAAGUUCAGAAAAGUAUUUUCUCUCUCAACUGAUAUCUAUGCCUACAAAAGAUCUUUUUAAAAAAACUCCUCAACAAAUUAUUCAGAUGGAUGUUUCUGACAUGCAGUCAUUUGAUGUAAGUGGGCUGCAGGUUGCUCUUGCAGAGAGACAUUCAGAAAUGUCUCAGACUAGCAAAUGUGGAAUUCCUGUAGUUCUAUCACAUCCUGAUGAUAAACCAAUAGAGAACAUUGAUUCAGCCGCCUUGAAGAGUGCUCGAGAGGGACUCCUGUGUGGCAGUGAUGCUCCCGUUCAAUCUUGUUACAAACCAGAAUGCAUACGAUUAGCUCCUCCUCUUCAUGCAUUUGAUGAUGAACUGGUGUGGAUGAAUCUGACUAAUCCAUCUGAACAUAAAGUUGCGUGGGACAUGUCAAUGUGUGUCAGUAACACGGCUGGUGUGGAAGCAAAGCGACUAAUGGCAAAAGCAUUCAAAACUGCUCUCUCCCCCCCUCAGACACAGCAACUGGUAUCGGAGCUAGAGGUGGAUCCUAAACUUGUUUAUCAUGUAGGGCUAACUCCAGCAAAGUUUCCUGAGUUAGUUGAGAUGAAUCCUACAAUAGCAUUUGAAACGCUAAUACGUUUGAUGUCGUCCAAUCAAAUAACUGACUAUUUCACAGUACUGGUCAAUAUGGAGUUAUCUUUACAUUCCAUGGAAGUAGUGAAUAGGUUAACCACAUCAGUAGAUCUUCCAACAGAAUUCAUCCAUUUGUAUAUAUCCAACUGCAUUAGCACAUGUGAAACAAUUAAAGACAAAUACUUACAAAACAGGCUGGUGCGACUAGUGUGUGUAUUUUUACAGUCAUUAAUCAGAAAUAAAAUCAUCAAUGUUCAAGAUUUAUUCAUUGAAGUUCAAGCAUUUUGCAUAGAAUUCAGCCAAAUACGUGAAGCAGCUGCACUAUUCAGACUGCUGAAGCAAAUUGAUAACGGUGAACAAACAUCUGGACAAUCCAUUCCUAAUUCCCAGUCAAAUAUGGGAAAAUAAUUUAUUUAUAUUUGCUUUGUUCUGUUGCAUCUUUUUUUAAAAGAAAAACAAUGAAUUAGAAAUAAUAAAAAUG